UUGAAUUGGAAAGCUAUUUGUAGCGUUAUAUACUGCCAUGUGCAGUAUGGUUGGGUUGUUUUUCAUUGUUUUCUCGGUGCAUGCUCAAUACAGAUUCAGUACAGUUUCACUGUAGCUGACUGUAGCGUCAGUGUAGCUAGAUAUAACCUGCUUUGUGAAGAUUUAUAAAAGAAUUUAGGUUAUUGUUUGCAGUAUCAUAACUAUUUUCCGGUAGUAUUUGCUCUUUGCAGUUGUUUUUUACAUAUUUCUCUACCUUUUUCUUGAUUAUUUAUUCAUCUACUUCAUUUUGCAAUGCAGUUACAAGAUACAAUUUUUGGCCAAUAAAUUACACAUAUAUUGUUUUGUAUCUAAAGUUACAAAGAUUUUUUGAAGAUAAAUCAGUCACAUGCUUAGCUAAAGAUUUUUUAAAAAAAUCUAGAGAAAGUGUUUUUCUGCUCAGAUAUUGUGUGUAGUUCAAAUUAAUUUAUUGUAAAAAUGUCAGUUUGGAGAAAUGCCAGUUUGGAGAAAUCAGUUACUGUAAAAGAACCGAUUACACAUAAGAAUCAGAAGGAUUAUGAAGUAUCAAAAACUUCUACACCUCAAGUACAAACUGUGAUUACAUGUCUUAAUGGUCAAGUUUCAGGCCUUCCUACUACAGCCAGACCAAUAAAGGUAAUGAGUAUACAUGAUCCACAUAUUAUGAGAGUUUAUGAGCUUGGAAAAUAUGAACAAACAUUGGAGAAACUUAUGACAAAAUUGUGGACCUUUUUUGUAGAAUUAAAAAAAAAAAAUCAGUCAAAAGAAAACGAUGCCAAAAUUGGUGAUAUGGUUUUUAUCGUACGUAGCAAUUACAAUCCUGAAAUAUUGCCAACAUUUAUUUGUAGAGGUGUAAUAACACAUAUUAAAAAGGACAGUGGAAUGUAUUAUGUUCUUUUAGUGGAUCAUGGUACUACCGUCGAACUGACUAAAGAUAAAUUUUGCAUAGUUCCACAAGAUUUUAUUUCUGAUAAUAAGUAUUUAACCAAAACAGUUGGUGUGCAUAAUAUCUUGCCAACCCGUGUAAAAAAAAACGAAAAAGGCUUUGAUAAUUCCAAGCCUGCAGUAAAUAUUGUAGCGGAAUGGAGUGAAGAAGCAAUUCAGUUUACCAAAAAUGUUUUGGUAGCAUCUAAGAUUGUAUAUUUUGAUCACUUGCUUACGGAUGAAAAGAAUGAUAGAGAAUAUGGAGAGUUUUAUUGUGUUAUUGAUGAUGAUGUUAUAACAUUAAGUAAAGCUCUAAUCAUUAAUUAUCAUGCAAUAUACUUGGAAAAAGAUUUAUUACAACUUAUUGAUAAUCCAAGUAACACACAGCAAAAAGAAAAUACAGGAGAGCACAUUAUACAUACAAAAUUUUCAAAUAAUAUGGAAAACAGUCCAUCAAUGCGAUUUGUUAAUGAAUUUAGUAAUUCUCUCAAUGAUUUCUGUCUUAGUGAGAAAAUUUUAAUACAUGGCACAACAAAUUGUGGAGUCUUCAAUGAUAUUAGUGAUCUUAAUUAUCCUAGCAAACUACAUGAGAGUUGGCAUAUAUAUAUGAAAUCUUUGCGACCAACAAAACUCCAGUCUUAUAUGUGGCCAGCUAUAAACAAAGGAUUAAAUGUUGUUGGAAUUGGGUCAUCUCAAUGCGGUAAAACUAGUGGAUGUGUAAUGGCUGUGUGUGGCUUGGUAGCUAUGCGCCAAAAGGAAUUAUCACGUAGUACAACUCCGGCACCAUUGGCACUAAUUUUAUGCUCAUCGUCUUUCGAAGUGAUAAAUGUUCAUUCUUUAUGCGCGUCAUUUCUGUACGCUUUGAAUGAUGUUAAAUCAGUAGCAGCGGUUACUGGCAAAACAGACAGAUCAAUUGCGGCAGCAAUGUACAGUGGCUGUCAAAUUUUAGUCAGCACACCACGAUAUCUAGUUCGAUUCUUAAAUAACAAUAAAGGUCUAUUGUCAUUUGAUAGACUUUUUUGUUUAGUUCUUGAUAAUGUCGAUGUAAUUUUGGAUAAAUAUUACAAUUCGUUGGGAGUGUUAUUUAAGAAACAUAAUAUAAUAAAAAAUCGUGAACCACAAGGAGACAAUAGACCAAUACUGCAAACAAUUAUAUCAGCAACUAAGUGGACAUCUGAGAUAAAGAAAUUCGUACGCUUGGUAAUGUGCAAUCCGUAUAUCUGCAUUGCAUCAUUUUUAGAAGCGGUUGUUUUCAAAUCUGUGCGCCCAAAAGUGUACAAAUUGAAAUCCACAUACAAAAAUCAAAAAAUAGCAGAUAUAUUAAAAAAUGAUUACAAGGCAUUAAAAACAAUGAUAAUAUGUAUAAAUGCCGAAGAAGCAAAACAACUAAAUGCUUCUUUACUUUCAACAAAGGAAACUUUGUUGGUUCACGAAAAUAUGACGUGUUUUGAUGUAGAAGCUUUGAGAACAAAUUGGGAAGCGUGUGUACGUGGCUUGUAUCCGGUAUUGAUAUGCACUGAUGCAGUUUUAUCACAACUUAAUUGUAUUGAUAUUGAAUGGCUAAUACAUCAUUCUGUACAGCUAAAAUGGAAAAAUGCAUUUAACUAUAGAUUCUCUGUACUUUUAAAAGAUUUGACACAGGACACUACCAAUAGUAAAGUUAGCAUAAUUGUUGAUGAAACCAAUAAUGUACAACUUUCAAGUAUAAUAAGUCUAAUGCAACGAAUGAAGGUUGUGAUAACUCCGGAAUUACUAGAAAGUAUCGAGCGAAUAGCAAUUGCGCUCGAGAGAGAUAAGAAAUACUAUGCUUUAUGUGAUAAUGUGAAAUCAUUUGGUUUUUGUCAAAGCAAAAAUGUGUGUGAAUUCAGACAUUGCAUACUUCCUAAAAUUGAUGCGCCAAUUACAAACAUACAGAUUAAUGAUAAGGUGAAACUGAUAGUAAGGUAUAUACAUGAUACAACGCAUUUUUCUGCGAGAAUAAUCGACCAUAUUCCACAAUCGAAUGAGUUCAAAAAAAUAACAUUUUCCAAUGUAGAGUAUAUGCAAAUAACAUGUAAAAUGCAACAAUACUAUCAAAAUAUUGAAAAUAGAAAAAUGUGUGCUUCUACAAAUAUGGGUGAUAUCUGCGUUUUAGAAGAAUCUAUUGAUAUAUUUAAACGAGUGCAAAUUAGGCGCGUCAGAUUCAUUAGAACUACUUUUGAAAAUGCGAAAUUCGUAGAUGUGAGAUGCAUCGACAGCGGUAUUAUACACGAAAAUAUUGACGCACGUAAGUUACUGGACAUACCAGAAGAGUUAUUAAACCUUUCGACGCACAUAGUUGAAGUAUUUUUAGCUGGCAUAGCGCCAUAUGAUGAGGAAUAUACAUGGAACCAUUUUACCAACGAAGCAGUUCACAAAUGGUUCUCGGAAAAUUUUGACGAAAGGUCUUAUAUUAUCGGCAAGGUUCGUCUUCAUCUUGGGAAUACAAUAUGGUUAGAUGAUUUCGAAAUUGGAACAAAGUUAAUCAAUCAUGCUGACGUGAAAGGAGCUUCUUUGAGAAAAGAACUGAUCAAUGGAAAUUUUGCAGUUCUGAAUGAUACCCAUAUACCGAAUCUGCUCAAACUUUAUAAGAACAAAAUGUGCUCUGAAGGAUUGUCUGCAUCUAAUAAACAAGUUGUGUAAAUCUAAUUUUAUAAAUAAGCCGCUGGGAAAAGUACAAAGUUGGAGGAGUAAACGAUAAUAGAUAGGCAGUUCAAAUGCAAAACAUUGAUUUCCCAACAAUUUAGAAAUCAAGAGACAUGGUCGUGUCUUGCGCCAAGUUUUGAAUUUUGGAAAUAAGAGGCUCAUAUGUUAAGCGUUGCAAUAAAAAAUUAUUGCAUAUAAUUAAUAAAGUUAUUUCUCUAUUAUUAUAAGUACGAUACGAGGGGGAAAAGACAAUUUUUUGGGAGAUGAUAGCAUCAUCAAGUCAAUCAAGUAAAACAAUUAAUACAAAACUUAUGUCUAAUUUUUUGCGGUUAUUGAAAUAAAAUUUCUGUUAAAAGCACAAUAU